UACGUCGACACCGAAGCGGCGCUCGCGGACCUCGCGUCGCACUUGGACGGCGUCGCGGAGUUCGCGGUGGACCUGGAGCACCACUCGUACCGGAGCUUCCGAGGGUUCACGUGCGUGAUCCAGGUGUCCACGCGAGAGAGAGACUUCGUCGUAGACGCGCUCGCGCUCCGAUCGAAGAUGCGCGCGCACCUCGCGCGGCACUUCGAGGAUGCGACGAAGCAGAAGGUCAUGCACGGCGCGGACAUGGACGUCCAGUGGCUGCAGCGAGACUUUGGCAUCUACGUCGUGAACAUGUUCGACACCGGACAGGCGGCGCGGGUGUUGGAGCUCCCUUCGAAGGGGUUAGGCGCGUUCUAUCUGACAGACGCCGCGUACGCGCUGAAACACUUCUGCGACGUCGACGCGGACAAGCGGUACCAGCUCGCGGACUGGCGCCGACGGCCGCUC